AUGCAACGAUUGACUGUUGAAGUAGAAAAUGUACAUUGUCACCAGUGCCAAGAUCUGAUCGUGGAAACCCUCUCAGAUCUUUUUACCAUGAGAGAUGGGGAAGUACUGGUGAAUGAAAUUGAACAUGAACCAGAAAAACCUCUCGUAUACUUCCAUCUGACAGACAACCAGUUGGUCUUAGUGAAUGUUGAUUCUUCAGUGUCGUUGGCUAAAUUCGAACACCAAAUUUUUAAGAGACUGCAGAAUCAAGGGUUUUUAGUAAGCAAGAUUUUACUCAGUGACGCAGACGGUGAAACCUGGUUCAGAAACACCAUAUCAACGUUUUUCCGCAACAAAAGGAGUAUCAAAGAAAAGCAUAAGCAUAACUGUGAGUUUUGUCACAGUGAUAGGACUGCCUCCCCUAAUGACUCGGUUGAAAAAGUGGUCAGCACGAGCCAAGAGUAUAGGGCUGUUUUCACCGUUGGUGGAAUGACUUGCUCUUCUUGUGUCAACACUGUUUCUGAAGCCGUUAAAAAGUUUCUUGUGCAGCAUGGUUCACCGAUUGUUGAUGAAGAAGGGCUGCCGACAUACUCUGUGUCAACUAUGACCAACACAGCCGUAAUAAUCAUUUCUCAAAAACAGUAUGUAAAUGACCUGGUCAAAGUUAUAAGAGAGGUAGGAUACGAAGCUUCUGUGGUGGAAGUCAUUCCAAUUGAGAAAAUUCAAAGAUACAAAGUAACUGCAAGCAUAGGUGGAAUCACUUGUGCUGCGUGCGCUUCCUCUAUUACAGAAGCUGUGGAUAAUUUACCGAAUGUGGUAGAAUCUUCGGUUAAUGUGGUAACCAAAACAGGGAUUUUCUUUUUAGAUGACGGAUCUCUCCCUGCAAUUGAAGAACUGAAGCAGGCUGUUGAUGAUGCCGGAUACGAUUUCAAUACCAUCUCAGUUGAAAAGACAAAUCAUUCGUCAGUAAGAUCUCCCUCCAGAACAGUCUACUUGCGAAUUGAAGGAAUGUACUGCGAACACUGUCCAGACAGGGUUAUGACAUUAUUGAAAACACUGGGUGAUGUGGUCCUCGUCGAAUCACCGUUAUCGUUGCAGGACCCAUUGGUAAGAAUUAGCUACAUCCCGUCUGCUCAAUUGACUAUUCGAUCAAUUAUUCGAAAGAUUGAAGAAUCCAAUGAAAAAUUUAAGGUAACAAUUGACAAGCCAUUAUCUUUAGACGAACAUCUAAGACGCUUAGCUAGAUCAGAAUUGAUUAAUCUUUGUUGGCGGUUACUCUUGACAAUAUUGGUUGCAAUUCCAACUUUCAUUUUAGGUAUUGUGGGAAUGACUUUACUUCCCUCGAGCCAUCACUUGAGGCAUUGGCUAAUGGAACCGAUUUGGGCUGGAAACGUAUCCAGAGUUAGUUGGGCACUAUUUAUAAUGGCAACUCCAGUGUACUUUUUUGCUGACGAUAUUUUUCAUAGAAAGGCAAUCAAAGAAAUACGAACAUUAUGGAAACCUCAUGUUCCAUGGAAGCGGAGACUCUUCAAAUUUGGUUCCAUGAGUCUCCUGAUGUGUCUAGGUACUUCUGUGGCCUAUUUUGCAAGUAUUGCUUUAUUAAUUCUUUCAGCACGUCAACACAGAGAGAGCAGGGGUUAUACUACCACAUAUUUUGACAGUGUGGUGUUCUUGACUCUUUUUCUCUUAAUUGGAAGAAUUUUGGAGAGUUAUUCAAAGAAUCGCACGGCCGAUGCUAUAACGAAAUUAGGGCAAAUGAAGCAGUCAUCUGCUUUAUUUGUAGACAAGACGGAAGAUGGUUCGUUCGGACCAGACUCUACUCUUCCUUUGGGGAUGCUGGAAAAAGGAGAUUACAUUCGUAUUCCCGUGGGUAGCUCUCCUCCUUUGGACUGUAUCAUUGAAGAGGGUGCUUCUGAAUUUGAUGAAAGUGCAUUGACCGGUGAGUCUGCUCCCAUUAAGCACGUGAAAGGGGAUCAAAUAUUCUCUGGAACGGUUAACAAAGGGCCUUCUGCAAUUAUUGGAAAAAUUUCAUCUUUGGAAGGGACAUCUUUGAUUGACACCAUCAUUGGUAUGGUGAGAGAUGGUCAAUUGCAGAGGGCGCCUAUAGAAAAGUUAGCAGAUGCAUUGACUGGCUAUUUUGUGCCUCUAAUUGUUGCAUUCUCAAUGACCACCUGGAUUGUUUGGAUCUCACUCGGAAUGUCUGGUGCGUUACCAGAUAGUUACCUUGAUAUUGAUAUUGGAGGGUGGCCAGUCUGGUCCCUUCAGUUUGCAAUAGCGGUAUUUGUUAUAGCAUGUCCUUGUGGAAUUGGUCUAGCAGCCCCAACAGCGUUAUUUGUCGGCGCUGGAUUGGCAGCCAAGUAUGGUAUACUUGCAAGAGGCGGAGGAGCUGCUUUCCAAGAAGGUGCAAAUAUUAACAUUAUGUGCUUUGAUAAGACCGGAACCCUAACCACAGGAGGUGAACCAAAAGUGACAGACUAUAGUAUAUUGUUUGGUACUGACAUGAUAAAACAGAUUUUUGAAGUAACUAGAGAUAUCGAAUUGACAUCAGGACAUCCUUUAGCAAAAGCUAUCAAAACUUUUAUUGUGGAAGAAUCUCAGAGAAGGAACUUAGAACUCAGUAAUACCAUCGUUGAUGUCGUCGAGGAGAUACCUGGGAGAGGACUUCGUGGGACAACAAUUGACGGAAAGACCGUUCUGAUUGGAAAUGAGUUUUUGUUAGCUGAGAACGAUUGCGCUAAACUUACUUCAAAGCAGCAGAUAGCAUUGGAUGGGUGGAAAAUGCAGGGAAAGAGCGUCGUUUUAGUUGCGGUUGAUGGAUUACCUGCUCUAUUAGUUGCCGCGAGAGAUCCUAUUAGACCGGAAUCGAAACAGGUAAUUAGCACUCUGCAAGAACGAGGCAUAACAUGUUGGAUGAUAAGUGGAGACAACGAAAUUACCGCAAAAGCAGUAGCUAAAGAAGUAGGAAUUCCCGAAGCUCAUGUGGUGGCUCAGGUUCUCCCGCAAGAAAAGGUUUCCAGGAUACAAUGGAUAAAGAAAACUUUUGAAGCUAAGAACAAAGAUAAGAAAAGGUCCUCAGCAAUUAUAGGAAUGUGUGGGGACGGAAUAAACGAUGCACCUGCAUUGGCAACCGCAGAUGUUGGAAUUGCUUUGGCGAGCGGAUCCGACUUGGCCUUAACUUCGGCAGAUUUUGUUCUUCUCGCAUCCGCUUAUCCACUUACUGCUCUUCUUAGGCUCAUCAGUUUAUCCAAGACGGUCUUUCGAAGGGUUAAAUUUAAUUUUGGUUGGGCUCUAGUUUACAAUUGUAUUGGAAUUCCAAUAGCUGCCGGAGUCAUAUAUCCCUAUAGAAAUUCAAGAUUAGAUCCUGUGUGGGCAGCUGCUGCGAUGGCAUUGAGUAGCAUCAGUGUGGUUCUGAGUAGUUUAGCCCUGAAAUUCUAUCGUGCACCUGAAGUAGUUCUAGAGGAAAAAGAAACUAUUGAGGGUGUCAAAGAAUGGACGUUGCGAGAGGAAUGA